GACUUACUAGUAUACCCCGAAACUUAAAAGCUACCUAUAAUAAGUAUCAAACAAACCUUUCGAACUUUGAAUUCUGAGCAUUUGAAAUUCUCGCCAUCUAGAGUUUAUCGUGUGUCCCAUUCCUGUUUCUAUAAUGGCUCAUAAAAGUUCAACAACUUCAUUUACUUAUUCUGUAACUCAGAAAACUUCACAUACCUCUCUAGCAUUCGAAACUGUUAUGUCCAAUCUCUAUGCUUCAAUUGGAAAACCUACAGAUUCAAAAUUACCAGCAAUCGCCGCAAAUAUCACGUCAUACGAUGAAAUCAAUAAGGAGAAAUUCAUCGAAGGAGUUAACGCGGCUGUUGGACCUCAAGGAUUCAUGAUUUUUGGUGAAUUUAAUCAUGGUUCCUGGCUCCCAAUCUUCAAUGUGAAUUCCAAUCCACAGCUUGGUCUAACACGUAUCAUACUCGGAAAUCCACUAAUAGCUAUCACGAUGCUCUCUCAAUCUAGUAAAUCUCUCGACGCAGGAUUGUUUGUACCUGUGGAAAUUCUAGUCCGUCAGUUAACAAACGAAGAAGGAACCGAAAUCAUGUGGCAAGUACCUAGUACUUUAAUUUCCGCUAUGGAUAGGGGAAAUAAUGAAUUGUUGACUGCAGCGCAAAGUUUAGAUGGGAAAUUGGCAGAGUUGAUUGAUUUAAUUGGUGGCGGCGUAUAAGAGUGAUGAGGAAAUGAUUAGUGAAAUUGUUAGAGGGCGAAAUAGUAAAUAACAAAGGUGUUAUCAUUCAAGUACCAAUAGUCACAAAUCUGAACACGAACCGAAUAGUUCAGUUACCUACA